AUGCAGAAGCCCAAGUGCAUCCAGGUCGGAUAUACAAUUCGGUUCGAGGACGUUAGCGACAAGGAGAGAACUCGAAUUUUGUACAUGACCGAUGGAAUGUUGUUUCGCGAGACUCUAGUCGACCCCCUGCUCACUCGGUACAGUGUCAUUAUGAUUGACGAGGCUCAUGAGCGCAGCACGUAUACCGACCUUUUGCUUGGUAUUCUCAAAAAAAUACGUCGCAAGCGUCCCAGUCUUCGGAUAAUCGUGUCCUCUGCUACGCUAGAUGCAUCAUACUUCCUAGACUACUUCACCGCCGCUACUUCUCCCGGCGAAGCUACUAUCGUUAGUCUAGAGGGACGCAUGUUUCCUGUCGAUGUCGCAUACUCUGAACAACCCGUCCCCGAUUAUGUGCGUUUUGCUGCAGAAACGGCCUUCAAUAUCAAUUUGCAAGUAGCACUCCUGGAGCUGCCAUUCCAGCUCAUAAACCAUUCCAGCCUCCCACGAAGCGCUUUGCGGAUUGUUCCUCUUCCGUUGCAUGCUGGCCUGACGACUGUCGAGCAACUACGCGUGUUUGAACCUGCUGUUCGAGGUACUAGGAAGAUCAUCGUCUCUACCAAUAUAGCCGAAGCCAGUGUCACUAUCGAAGGCAUCAAGUUCGUGAUAGACUGUGGUUACGUCAAAGUAUUCAACUUUCUUCCUGUUCUCGUUGUCCUCGCUAGUAACUGUACCGACUUCAGUCGCUUCAGCGACACAAAGGGCUGGACGAGCUGGGCGUACUUCCUCGGGUAUUUGUUACAGGCUAUAUCCCAACUGAAGUCGUUGGGUGUAGAUGAUCUAAUGAAAUUUGAGUGGGUGUCUGCUCCUCCAGCAGAGUCUGUAUUGAGGGCACUCGAGGGUCUAGUUGCCGCAGGCAUGAUAGGCGAGGAUGGUCGUUUAACGCUCAUGGGAGAGAAAGUGGCGGAAUGCCCUGUUGAAGUCGGUAUUGCACGCAUGCUUUUCACUUCGAAAGAAUAUAGUUGUGGGGAAGAGAUGCUCACCAUUGCCGCGAUGACCGCUGUCCAGGACGUAUUCAUCAUUCCCGAUGGCGCCCCUGGAGCUCUAGCCGAAUUGGAACGUCGUAAAUUUACUGCAGAAGAAGGGGACCACCUGACACUGCUGAACGCUUACAAUGCAUUUGUACGUUAUGGUAAAUCUUCAGGGUGGUGCAAAUCGCACGCUUUGUCGUUCAGAGCCAUGUCACGAGCUGUUUCCAUUCGGGCGCAACUGAAGAAAUAUAUGCAACGUUUCAAUCUUCCAUUGGAUAGUUGUGAGGGUGACGCGAAGCGUUUACGAAGAUGUCUUGUCAGCGGAUACUGGCGAAAUGGCGCCCGAUGGAUGGCUGACGGCACCUACCGCUCUGUACGGGGGAAUGCGAUCCUUCACGUUCACCCGACGUCUGUUCUAUUUACGAGGAAGCCCCGGACUGGAUGGGUGGUCUUCCAUGAGAUGGAAGAAACCAAGAAAACCCAGAACAAGGAGCACGACGAGUCCCGGCCAGACGAAAAGGUCUUUGUGAACGAAACACCGAUACAGUUUUCGCAGGAUGUCGUCGACCAGCUCUCUGUUGACCUCUCUGCUCGUGACGUUACGCCAGAGCGACAGUCUACACUAGACGCACAUAUUCGUUCUCGGAUACAAAGGGAGAUUGAACAUCUCCGAAAAGAAGAACAGCAAGUGCGCGAGCGCAUCGAGCAGGCCCUAGAGAAGGAAAACUUGGAUAGAGAACGAAGUUUAGCUGGCGAGGCGGUGACAGGCGAUGAAACUGGCAGUGUCAAGGACAGUGCGUCACUCCUGAACGACCUAGAAGACAUUCGCCAGAAGGUAGACCGCUUCCAUGGCCGAAAAGACCUUCAGGAUGUUCCACAGAGCAGGGAGAAGGCCGGGAAGACUCUCGAUUGCUGGCGAGAAGUAGGCCUGUUCAAGGAGGCAGUAGAGCAACUAGAACAGAAAUAUGUCAAAUCGUUACAGUAA